UUUAGUGAUUUGGGGGCCCCAAGCAAACUCUUUAUUUUCACCCUCUCUCUAACUGGGAAAUGUCUCAAAACUUUUUUUCUUCAGAAAAACUAUUAAAGGGGUCAUAUUAUGCCCUUUUCUCAGUUUGAUAUUUUCAUUAUCGUGGUCUAUUUAGACACAUUAGCAUGUUUUUAUGGUCAGAAAGCUCCUAGUUACAGCGGUACAAUUCAUGGAUACAACCACUCUUUAGCUCCUUGGCCCCCUUCGGAAAAGCCCACUCUGUUUUGAUUGGCUAGCUGCUUAGAGCAUGUCGGAAAUGUCACGCCCAGUAUCAUAACCAGAGUUCAGCAAUACCACGAGUGACCACUGGGAAAAAUUGGCUGCAUGGCAGAGUGGCGGCACCCUAUCCAGGUCUCAUAAUACAUCCAUGGAGUCUACGCAGUAGAGUCGGGCGGCAGCUGAAAUGACAGAAACCAUCUUCGGGAAAAAUUCAUUUGACGUGUACUAUGUUUUUUUAGUUUGGCUCAUGUCCCUUUUGCUAACAUGGAGGGGGCAGGAUUUGUAACCUAUACUGCAGUCAGCCACCAGGGAGGGAAUCAAGAUAUUUUGGCUUCACUUUUGGGGAGCUGUCAUGACAUCCAUAUUUAUAUAUGUAUCAGUCCUACAUGUUCGACCCAGAGUCUGAUCUUGGAACACCUGGCAAAAUAACCCGAUAAAUUUGGACCACCUCCGCAACCAAGACUGGAGCAGGACUUUUCACAGUGAAACUUGUUGUUGCAGCUGAAAUACCUGCUCGUCUAGUUAAGUGAGAAAGGCAACUAAUUACCAGAGACACGGUAUUCUUUUGCAGUCCAACUACCUUUAAUAGAUCGCUAAAGCGUAUGCAUACGGGCUCCCCAGGCUCUGCACCCGGAGGAGCCCCUUGAACAGCUCACGCAAACACUUUAUUCUUUCAGUCUCCGCCCAACACAACCAUCAACACAAGCACCUCAUGUGCAGUCACACUUCUCUGUCUGCAGACACCUGCUUCCUGCAAGAUAAUCAAUAAGAAUUCCAUACAUGGUGUCUUGUACAGUUCUUGCAUUUAGUCCCCCUUUUCCAAUGAUCACUUCUUAUAAUCAGGGUCACCAUGUAUCACGCACUUCAGAUAACCUUUUCUAUUUCUUCUUCUCCAACAGACGAGACAUUCAUGUUGCCUACACAAACAAGGUGCGGGACAUCUUGGCGAGACAUUUUGCAUAAAACAGAGUAAUGUGAUUACAACAUAUAAAGGUCAAUUAAAAGGGUCUAAAGUGCAUCAUGUUCUUGAAAGACAAACCUGAUCAGUUGAACACAUUUCUACACUGGAUUAAUGCAAUACAAUUAAUACAAUAAUAUAGUAAUUUCUCCAACAGAACAGUUCUAAUGUCAUUUUUUCCUCCACAAAAUCAAUAGAAAUUAAUUUCCAAGAUCUCCUUGCUUCUGAAAACAUCUCUGACAAUUUACAAAAGGACUUGUGGCAAGUUGUCCUCUGUGACAUGUGCACAAAGGAGGACAGGAAGUCUCCAUGUGCAUCCAGCACCUCCAGAUCCACCUGACCUCUCCUGUGUUACUACAAACCACUAAAUGCCCCCAACAUGGCAAACUCUGGAGUACUACUGUUUGGAUGACAUGACCUAUGUGUGUGUUUCUUGCCUAUUUUCAUGCCUAAGAAUAAUUAUUGGGUGAAUAUAAAUGUCAGUGAUCAGUGCCAAGUUGCAGUAAAAUGAAUAUAUAGUGCUGUCAGUGCAAAGAUCUCAGUCAUAAUGAUAAUAGGUGCAAAACAAGUUUAAAAGCAGAUUUUUCAAGAUGAGUGGACAAAAUCUGAAGAUUCAAAUGUGAUUAAAAACAAAUAAAGUGUAAAUGAAUAUGAUAAAUUAAUUAAAAGUUUGUGCUAGAUUAACAUGAGCGGAUUACUACCUGGAUUUCAUAGUUUGCCUGCCUUUUACUUCCAAUGUAAUGUAUUUCACACUCAAACAGCAACAUCAACAUAUUUUGGUAAGUCAUGAAUAAAUUCCCAUGAGAUGAAAUUUGAAACUUAACAGUAAACAUAACAAAAAGGCUGCACUCACAUCUGUCUGACUCCACCCCCUGAAUGUUUGGUCUGGCAUGUGACUGCGGUGUAAGAAUAAGCUCUCAGGAAAUCGAAACUGUUCUUCAGUGCUGCUGUGGUUGAGAAAUCAGACCACAGACUGAGACACCAGAGACUAGUGAACAAACAAAAUUCGGCAAAAUCUGAUUUCAUUUUUCAUUUCUGUCAAUCAGAGACCGACAAGUAGCAUCCUAAGGACUCAUCAUUGAAUAGUAUUUAAGAAAAAACAAAUCAAGCAGUCUCAGGUUUUUGAAAACAUGUCAGACAGUACAGACCCACAAGUUAUCUUUUGCGACAUGUGCACAGAGGAGGACAGGAAACCAGCGCGAAAGACCUGCAUGAAAUGUGAGAUCUCCAUGUGCGUCCAGCAUCUCCAGAUCCACCUGACGACUCCUGUGUUACUACAAACUCAUCCUCUGACUGAACCUAUGGCUUUAUGUGGGACCACUAAAUGCCCCCAACAUGGAAAACUCCUGGAGUACUACUGCUUGGAUGAUAUGACCUGUGUGUGUGUUUCCUGCGCCAUUGAAGACCAGCACCGCGUGCACAACAUGAAGACCUUCUCCACAGCCCACAAAGAGCUCAUGGAAAAGCUUGAUGCUGAGCAGCAGGCCUUACUGGUGAAAACCGAUGAUGAGAACGUGAGUCUAGAAAAGUGGGAGAAGAGUGAAAGAGAGAAGCUGGGCCACUGUAGUGUGCGUCUCAUUGAGGCUGUGACUAUCCUGCGUGGCGUCACCUUGACCAGCGUCCAGAGUUCAGUCUCUGCUCGAAUGGUGUCCAUCAAAACCAGCAAGAGCAGCAUGCAAGCAGCACAGAAGGAGAAGGACACCUUCAGAUUCUUGCAGAUGUAUUCUCAGGUGCAUCAGGAUGUGGAGAAGGCCAAGGCCGCAGAUCUGAGAAAAGGGUUGGAGCCUGGCAGCGAUCGUGACAAACUGGUUGAGGAGAUCAGACAGGGUGGUGAAAAGAUGAUGAAGCAAGCAGACCAGUUCUGGUGUUCUUUGUUGACUCUGGUUGACCCUGAACACCACCAGGAGCUCAUUGCUACUGAUUCAAACUUGAUCUUUGACCCGCAGACUUGGGGCCCUGACAUAUCACUUUCUAAAGACCAGAGGAAGGUUUUCUACAGUGAUUGGCCGGGACAAAACUCUGCCCACGUCUUUCACCUUAAGAGUACCCAGUCUGUUCCCAACUUUCAGAGGUGGGUGAUCAGCCUUUCCGAAGACUGGACCAUUGGUUUAUGUGACAAAAAUAAUACAAAGGAGUUGAAAGAUGGAGACGUCUAUGGACUGUGCUGCAAAGAAGGUAACCAUCUCAGCUUUCUCACAACAGAGUAUGAUGAAGUUAUCGAUGCAUUUGGCCCAAUGCAAAACAUGCAAAAGCCCAAACUUGAGAAAACACGCAGGGUUUCUCUUCAGCCAAUCAACCCUCCAGGUGAAGAUAUGGCAAAGAUAAUGGCCCGACCGCAAAAAGUGGAAGUGGUAUGGCGCUUUCCUAACUCAUUAUCGUUCUUCAGCAGGAUCGGCCAGCACCAGAGAAUAAAAAUAGUCACGAUUAGAAUCAACUCCGCCAGCUGGGACCUAGCUCCUUUUGUUCGCUUUGAAGGGAAAAAGUCACAAGAGAGCUCAAAUAAGUCCAGUGGAAGCUUAUUUGGAGCUCAACAACAAUGCCAGAAGCAAUGGAAAUGCUCAUGUGGGAAGGUUUACACUGAGACCAGCAAUGGAUACAAUUAUGGAGGGCGCAUUUAUCAGAAGUCUUCCCAAGCCACCUGUUCUUGUGGAAUACUUAUUGGUGCCCUGCGCACCACAGAGGUGCUUUGUGAACUUCUGUAAUGGGCUGGCAUGUUGUUGUCUACAGCCCACAUCUCCACAUUUACAUUCACAUAUUAUUAAUCAUAUUAAUUUUCAUGCCUAAGAAUCACUACCAGAAUUAGAUUUUUCUUGCUUGCAAAAUUAAAAUUAAAUUAAAAUUAAAUUAAAAUUAAAUUAAAAUUAAAUUAAGUUGCAGUAAAAUUAAUAUAUAGUGCUGUCAGUGCAAAGACCUCAGUAAUAAUGAUAACAGGUGCAAAACAAAUUUAAAGAAAGAAUUUUCAAGAUGAGUGGAGCAAAUCUGAAGAUGUAAAUGUGAUUAAAUAUAAAUAAUCAAAGUGUAAAUGAAAUGAUAAAUUACUUAGAAAAUUUUUAUGCAAGACUAACAUGAGCUGAUUACUACCUAGAUUUCAUAGUUUGCCUGCCUUUUACUUAAAACGUAAUGUAUUUCACACCCAAAGAGCAAUGUCAACGUGUUAGUGAAUCAUGAAUAAGUUCCCAUGAGGUGAAAUUGACACUUAACAGUAAACCUAACAAAAUGGCUGCAGUCACACCUGUCUGACUCUACCCCCUGGAUGUUUGGUUUGACAUGUGAGUGCAGUUUGAGGAUAAGCUCAUAGGAAAUCGAAACUGUUCUUCACUGCUGCUGUGGUUGAGCAAUCAGACGAGAGAGCAGUCUGCAAAGAAUUUGGAGGAUGGAAAUAUCUGUGGACUGUGCUGCAAAGGUGACCAGCUUAGCUUUCUUGCAACAGAGUAUGAUGAUUGUUCUGAUGCAUUAAUGCCCCAAACAAAGAAACAGUGCAGGAUUUCCUCUAAAACAAUCACAUAUCAUAGCAAAAAUGGAGAUGAGGCCAUAGCAUGACCUGAAACAGUUGAAGUGUUUUGGAAUUUAGCGGCAUCCUCGCUGUCCUUCUUCAGCAGAAGUGGACAGCACCAGAGGGAAGAAAUACUCACAAUUAUGAGCCUCAACAACAGUGACCUGGUCCCAUUUGUCCAACUGGGAAAGGAAAAUGCCCAAAAUAGCUUCCAGCAGCGUUGGAAUUGCUCGUGUGGGAACAUUUACAACAAGGCCAUCAGUGGGUACAUUAUGGGAAGAUACCAGUACUCACACCAUGCUAAUUGUUCCUGUGGAGCAUUUAUUGGUGACCUAUGCAUCACAGAGGUGAUUUGUGAGCUGCAGUAGUGGGUGGGAACCAAAUUAUCAUUGCUAAUCAUUAUAAAUGUCAAGUAGCUACAAAUAUCUACAAUAAUAGCCUGUAUCUUGCUUUCACUGGAUGAUAAAUGUAAUUGAUUAGUUAAGUUUCUGUCAUUUGAAUAUAUAGUGCUAUCGGUGCAAAUAUCUCAGUAAUUAGCCCAUGCGUAUACAAAAUACACAUCAUACACAAUAGGUAAUAGAAUAUCUUCAGCUGAAUGUCUUUACAUUGUUGUAAUGUUGAUUAUUUUGUUUUGCAGGUUGCUUUUAAUGUACUCAACUAAGUCAUUCUGUUUUUCCUGUAAUGUUUCUACUUCUGCUAGUUCAAGGUGUUUGUCUCCAUCUAGUGGUGAUGAAUGUGUCAUUGCUCUCACAAUGUUCGGUAUCGAAGUGUAGUACAUGGUCUAAUUAAAUCAGAAUGGCAACAAAGAAAUGUGUGUCUCUCGCAUGUUAUGAAUGAUCAGAUCAAAAAUAAAGCUAGUAAAGUUGAAGAUGUGUAAUGAUUUUUAUUGACUGGAUAAAAAUAAUCAUUUUCACAGCAAUGUGAAAGUAUAAAAUGAAACAAGACAGAUCAUGUAACAACAGCUAGUAAUGGCUUAAAUACAAAACCAGUCCAUCAAAACCAGCAAGAACAGCAUGCACGCUGCACAGAAGAAGAAGGACUCCUUCAGAUUCCUGCAGAUGUAUUCUCAGGUGCAUCGGGAUGUGGAGAAGGCCAACGCCAUGGACAAUUAGCACAAUUAGUAUCAGUUCCACCAGCUGGGACUUAGCUCCUUUUGUUU